GCAAUUCAGAUACAACAUGGCGUCAGAGAGUUCAGUAGGUUCGUCUCCAUCAUCUCUCCUGUAUCCUUACCUGAGGCACAACCAGCCCGAGGAGCAGGCGGAGGAUGAGGAGGAGAUUAUAUUCUGUACUGAAGACAAUGUCACUGAAGCAGCCAUUUACAUUAAUCAGGAGUUGGAAGUGUUUGGAUUCCAGUCAAUAAUGUCUGAUUCAGAUAAAGAGAAUAAGGAGGUCCCGUCUUCUUCUAAAAUGUUGAACACCCUCUAUGACCUCAUAAAGCAGUACAGAGAAUCUAAUAACAGGAACGAAACUAUGAGCCUCAGUUUACAAAGACUUAGGAGUGACCUUACUCUUCAAUACGAAGCAAACAGUCGGAUGAAGACUCAGAUUGAGGAGCUGGAGAGGAAGUUGGCUCAGGCGAAGGAGAAGGAGAGACAGGUCCUCUCGAGGAAUCGGUCGCUGUCUCUUCAGUUGAAGUCUCAAGAAGAAGAGUAUCAUAAGGUCCAGCACAGGAUGAGUCAGAAGGAGCUUCAGUAUGAACAUGAACUGAGAAAGAAGGAGAGAGAGUAUCACAGACUUAACGAGAGGCUAGGGCAGUUGGUGUUAAAUAAGAAUCAAGAGAAGAAGUUAGGAAUGAAACUACUCAACACUUUACAAGUAUCAAGCAGCAGCAGAGGAGGAGGAGGAGGAGUAGGAGGAGCAAGAGGAUUUGAGGACAUCAGUGCUUAUAGAUUAGUAGUGAAUCAUUAUGAAGAGAAACAGAAGGAGCUAAUUUUAGAGAACUCUAGUUUAAGAGAUUCCUUAUGUAACAUGGAGAAAGAGCUCGUCACUUUAUUAAAUUAUAAAUAUUUUAGUUCAUUAUCGUCACCAAGUCACAGCUUCAUUAAUAAGGCAGAGGAAGAGGUGGAGUCAAGUGUUCACGAAAGAGAGAGAGAGGAGCUUCUUGAUAGCGGACACUAUCAGAUGCCAUAUGAUAUUGUUAGACAGGAUAUAGAAGAGAAUUUACGUGAUAAAUACGAUCGUCUCCGUGAGUACAUUGUCUCGUUAAAGAAAGGCCACGCCUCCUCGUCAAGUGAAUCUUACGACAAAGAAAUUGAGGAUUUGGAAAAGAAACUUUCAGAUUAUCGUGACAUCAUUAGCCAACAAGAGUUGCUGCUUGAAAAGCAGCUGGAAGAGAGCUCUUCUGAUCCUGGUGGGGCUGGAUUUUUAAAUGAGUCCAAGUUUUUAAAGAAAGAAGAGAUGCUUGUUUUAAGAGAAGAAAAGAAUAAAAAUCAUGAGGAACAUCUUAAAAACGAAGAGGAGAGACUAGGUCUGCUAGCUAGACAGCUUGAUCGAGAACGUCGUAAUUUUGAAGACAAGAAGGCAACGUUUUUAACCCAACAACUUGACAGCUCUGUGUUUGCCACACCCGGCAAAACCACGUCAGAUUUGGACUCAUUCUUUCUUCGUUUAAAUUCAACCCCUUUCUCUCUCUCAACUCGUAAACCCUCACACAAGAAAUCUUCUCAUUAUACCACCCCCGGUCCCAGUGGGCCCCCACGCUCAAUAUUAAAACCACUCCAGACCCCGUACACUCCACUGAGAUCAACCGGUCGCAAACCUUCACCACCACCUUUUGUUAAUAAAUCAAUUGUUACUCCUUUCAAAUCAAAAGUAUCUCCUACUGAUGUACCUACUGACAUUGAUCUUAAACAAGAUCUAUCCUUAACUUCUGAUGAUGGGCUGGAGGUCUUGAAUGAUUAAAAUGCUGUUCCUUUCUCUUGUACUCUGACCUCUCUAACUGAACAUUGUUGUCAUUAAUUGUAUUUUAUUCUUGUUUAUCUCAUCAGUAAUUCAAAAAACAA